UGCUGCCAUUGACUAAAACCGAGAGAAGGCAUCCUGCGGGGAAAAAGCAUCAAACAGCUUUUACGCGUUUGUGUCCAUUCAGACGGUUAUUUCUUAUAUCUGACGGGUUUCUUUUUUUAUUUUUAAUACAUGAAGGCUCAGUGACCAUGAGCAACAGCAUGGUCACAGUCUAAUGUCCGUGGACGCGUGUAGGAUCAUUUAUGAUUUACCGAGAUGAUAUGAAUGUCAAUCGGUCAAGGUCCGCGCUCCCAAUGCAACAGCCACGGCUGGAUCAUCUAGCGUCUGCUGGGAAACAUCUGCCGCAAGCAUUUGGAUGAAUUUCUUUUCUAUAUAUUUGUAUUGUUAAUAUAGGCUGGUGAGAGGCUUGAGAUUGUCUGUGUGUGAGAAAGCAGCGUGGGACUGUGGGAAUGACAUGCUGCAGUAAAGACGGGAAACUGGAAAUAAUGAUGGAUCAGAAAACAAUGAUGAUGUGACUGCGACACUUUAAAAAGAAAAUGCUGGUGCAGAAAUCUUUCUUAUUACUGAUAUAACAGCUGAUAUAAACCCAAAGAAGGACCGAGGACACCAUGUCGGCGGUGAUGAUAACACGGAAGGUGCGAAAAUGGGAGAAGCUCCCGGGGAAAAACACUUUCUGCUGCGACGGCCGGGUGAUGAUGGCCCGGCAGAAGGGAGUCUUCUACUUGACUCUGUUCCUCAUCAUCGGGACCUGCUCUCUCUUCUUCGCCUUCGAAUGUCCAUACCUGGCUGUCCAUCUAUCUCCUGCCAUCCCAGUUUUUGCCGCCCUGCUCUUCCUCUUCGUCAUCGCCAUGUUGUUGAGGACCAGCUUCAGUGACCCUGGAGUGCUGCCACGGGCGCUUCCAGAAGAAGCCACGUUCAUCGAGAUGGAAAUCGAGGCUGCCAAUGGGAACGUCCCCGCAGGCCAGCGCCCUCCACCUCGCAUCCGCAACGUUCAGAUCAACAACCAGAUCGUCAAGCUCAAGUACUGCUACACCUGCAAGAUCUUCCGACCACCUCGAGCAUCUCACUGCAGCAUCUGUGACAACUGCGUCGACCGUUUUGAUCACCACUGUCCAUGGGUAGGCAACUGUGUGGGCAAGAGGAACUACCGAUACUUCUACAUGUUCACCCUGUCGCUCUCCCUGCUCACCAUUUAUAUCUUCACCUUCAACAUCGUCCACGUGGUCAUGCGUUCAGUGGAUAAUGGCUUUUUGAACACUUUGAAGGAAACACCUGGAACUGUGCUGGAGGUGUUGGUGUGUUUCUUCACCCUGUGGUCGGUGGUGGGACUGACGGGCUUCCACACCUACCUGAUCUCUCUCAACCAGACCACCAAUGAGGACAUUAAAGGAUCCUGGUCGGGGAAGAACAGAGUGCAGAACCCAUACAGCCACAAGAACAUCAUCAAAAACUGCUGCGAGGUGCUCUGCGGGCCGACGUACCCGAGCGUCUUGGACAGAAGAGGAGUGAUGCAGGAAGACUCUACUGUUUCUGCUACGUCUGCUGCACCCUCCUCCUCCAGCAGUAGCAACCCAGUGUCACAAACCACAAAAACCACGGCUCCACUCAUCCCUAAUGAGCACACACCUGAUGAUGCCAAGCCGAGCAUUGCGGUCUCAGCAGAAAAGAGCGCCUCCCCCAAAGAGGAGCUCCCUCCUGCUUCAAAGGUCCCGCCCCUGGCUUCUCCCGAGACUGAUGCAGAAGCAUCCAUCGCCAAGGACAAGGGCCAUUAGCUGCAUGAGGGGGCGGCUCUCGUCGUAGCCACUCCCCCGACAUCCUGCCCAGUCAGGAACUGAAACAUUAAUAAUCAACUUGUGAUUACUGUGCGGGUGACUCAGUUAUUCUCCGACUGCCGCCCUACAUUCCACCAGAAGAGAAGAGUUUCUGCGGCAGCUCCUCCUCUUCCCUCCUCUCCUCACCAGUAGCUGCAGAGCUGUUUGAUUGACACUUGCUCCUGCAGGAGGCGGAUGGGGUGAUUUAAUGGAAAGUCAGCAGCUUUUCUGUCUCCUGAACACUGCAUGGAAAAGACACGCAGGGGGAGAAGCUGCUGGAAGAACCGCAGAGGAAAACAAAACUCUCCAAGCAUAUGACAUCCCCACAGGUCACCUGUGGGUCGCUCUAAUUGUCAAUUCUACUUUUAUUCUUUAUUUAAAAUUGCAUAAUGACAUUUAUUGUGAGAGGCCAGUUCAAAUAUACUCCUUGCAAGUGUGUGGCAAAGAUGAUAUUACUUCUGGACGUGUAUAAAACUUCAUACAUACGGUCAGUUCUCUGUUGUGUGCACAUUACAUGCCCUAUGCAAACCAUGAGACGGCUGGACAAGCAGCUUUGUGAUGAUGAGAGUUAACACCUGUCAGUCAGUGAGUACACAUGAUGUCCAGGCAGGAGGAGGACAUGCAAAUCUUUAGCUGAGAUAUCCUAAAGGCUCCUUCCAGGCAAGUGAAAAUCUACCUUGUAUUCUGAUAUUGCUGCAUUCAGUACUGUUGUUACUUACGUGCAUCUUUUGUUUUUCUAAAGUGAUCCAGACCAACGCCUGUCCUUCCAUUUUUACAUAAUCAAGGAUGUAGUGUGACGUCGGUGCUCUGAAAUAGAUGAAAUUGCUUGGUGAGUCUUGUCUCCAGGAGACGCUCAGCCAGAGUCCCAGUAUGUGUGUGAGAGAGACGACCUGACUUCUGAUGAUAGUAGACACUAGUAGUAACAGUGCCUUAUCAUGUAAUAGUUGCACUUUGAGAUGCAACUGAGGUCGACCAACAGAGGAGCCCUUGAUCCGUUCUAACCACUGACACAGUGUUCAAUGAGAAAUGACGACUUUUAUCAGUCCGGUGGUUCCCAGCCUGCAGGUUUGGACCCCCACAAAUAGUUUCAAGAUCAUCUAAGGCAGUGGUUCACAACUGAUCCAGCCACAGUGUCCAGAUUUCUUUUCUCUCCUUCGUCAUUAGUUCGAUGUCCACACAGUCUAAAAUAUUCAGCUUGCGUGUGGCCAUGUCAAUAGGUUAUUCACUUUCCUGCAGAGAGUUAGACGAGAUGAUCGCCACCACUCUCAUGUAUGUGUAAUGAAUAUGAUGCUACAGCCAGUAGCUUGUUAGCUUAGCUUAGCAUAAAGACUGGAAACAAGGGGGAACAGUGAGCCUGCCUCUAUCCAAAACUCAAAAAUACACCUACCAGCACCUCUAAAGCUAUCUAUUGAUUUGUUUAAACUGUACAAAAAACUUUGUGUGAAAACAACAGGAAGUCAAGAAAGAGUUUCACCUGUACACAACAAUCAAAUGCAAUACAGCAUAUUUAAUUCAUGAGUUUAAAGCUGCUUUCACACGGCCCUGACAACCACUUACCAAAGAAAGAGAAGUCAAGAAAGUCCCAAAAAGCAAAUUGUUUAUUUUAUAAACUAUUUAUUUGGGUUAUUAUAUGUGACAGUCUGGGUGUGAAAGGGGCAGAGAGAGGGGAUGACAUGCAGCGAAGGCCUGCAGGCUGGAAUUGAACACAUUGCCACUGCGGCAAGGACACUGCCUUUGUAAGUGGGACGCCUGCUCUACUCACUAAGCUACUGGGCGCCCUGCAAAGUGUUUUUAAAAGCGGCUGCUGUGGCUUCAGUCCAAGGCUGCGAUGAAAGGGAGAUACAUUGGUGACCAUCACUGGUAGAAGUGCAAGCUAGCUUGUAGUUGCAUACUGUAACAAGACUAAAGAAAUCACUGAAAUGACCAAAGAUUUAUAAAUGUUGGACAGCUUACCAGUCAUCUAUCUUUGGUGGAAAUGUUUCUCUUCUGGUUGUCCUUAUAGGUUGCUAGGCUUGUCUGCGUAUAGAGACCUCAACAUAAUCAGCUCCUCCAUCUUGUCUUCUUUCUGCUUCCAAUAGAUCGGCCAAAGUCAAGCAGCAAUUGCCAGAAGUUCAACAAGGUGCUGGCAGGCUGAGUUUUUAUUAUUAUUUGUUUAAUCUUUGGGACCAAGCCAGGCUACCUGUUUCCCCCUGUCUCCAGUCUUCUUUAGGCUAAGCUGAGCUAACCAGCUGCUGACUGUGGCGUCAUCCUUAGUGUACAGACAAGAAAGGGGUAUAUAUCUUCUCAUCUUACUCUCUGCCUGAAGGCAAAUAAAAAGUGAACCAUUCCAGUGGUCCUUGUUUUGCUUUUAACAAGAGAGAAAAGAAACAUGCUACGAAUCUGUGCUUUUUUUCCUUGUGAAAUCCUGUGAAUUUUUCUUUGGAAAUUCUUGAAAAUCCAAUCUGAGAAGGAAAUUGUACUCGUUGUUUGAACUGGUGACAGCUGGUUUUAAUGAGUCACCACUCUGACAGGUUGGGAACCACUGAGUUAGACCCUGUGAGGCAAAAACUAAGCAAAGCCAUGGUUGAACUGUACAUAGUUUUAGCAGGUAAAGAUGUACUGAAACCCUCUCAGCUGUUUGGUGAGGAGGAAAGACUGCAGCAAAAAUUUAUUUUGUUUUGUUUUAUAAGUACGGCCGGUGUUAAUUACGCUGCCUGUGAGCUUGAGCACCUCCUCCUGCUAAUCACACCAGAGCUGAUCUUCCUCUGAGUUCCUUUCGCUGUCUGUCCUCCCUCUAUACAAACAUAUUAAACUCCUCUCCUUCUCCCUGCAUCUUUGCUGUGACAGUUAUCCUUACAGUACGCCCAGGGCCGAGGCCGCCUCCGCUGCAGCCGUCUGCGGCAGGCUCAUUAUCGCAGAGAAUGAAGCCGAGGCAGAGAGAUCCUUUGUUUUCACACAUCUGUGUAUGUCAGCCUUUAAUGUGGCUCGAGAGUUUAUUUUGUUUUGGUCACAGAUUGCUCAAGGGGACAGCAUCCACACUGAGGAAAGACCGAGAGAGAAAGCGAAGCUUCUUUUAGUAUUUAAAUGAUGUUAGCUGAUAGCGAGGGUUUGUAAUAGUGAUUGUGUUGUAUGCAAGACAGAGUUAGUAUUUGUGAAAUAUACUUGUGUAGAAGUUCUAGUGUAUCAGCAGCAUUGUAUCAGAAAUCUGCCCGAGAUUAUUUAUUAUCAAGACUCCAGACAGUCACAAUAUCUCCUAAAGAUUUUUUCCAAACAGAAUGGAAAAUGAAUUUUAGGAUGCUGAGAUUGUUGGCAGCUGUUUGAUUGUUUGCAUUGUACCAUAACAAUAACGGAGUAGUUGAAGGCAUAAGAUAUCAGACACCCUGUAUGAUGAAAGCUUAAUGUAAGCCUGUUCUUUUCCAUUGUAGGUUCAUCUGUGGAUGAUUUUCUUGGUUAACUGAUUGAUAGUUUGGUUUAUAUCAUGUCAAAAAAGUUGACAUAUUGAAGUUGACAUAUUAUUUUGUCAAACCAACAGGUCCAUAACUUCAAAAUAUUCAGUUGACUAUUAAAAAAAUCAGAAAAAAUGUACAUUUGAAAAGCUGGAACUAGCACAUUUUGGGCAUAUGUGCUUUAAAUAUUAGUUGCCAAUCAAUUUUCUGUUGAUCGACUAAUCAAUAGAUCAGCAAUAGAUUAGUCUCUACACACUCUGAGAAAAGGAAAGAUAAGUGACACAUCUCUAUUUGAAGAAGCUGUAAAGUGUGUGGCAGUAUUUGUUUCUGUGAAGUAUAAAAAAAGUGAAACUGCUGAGUAUUUGUUUGGAUAACUUUACAAUAAGAAGUACUAACUCAAGACCUGGUUUUAAAGCUGAAGUUAGUGGCUGAACUUUCUUUGUGGAAAGUAUUUGAAGACAGUUUUGUGUAUUUGAUUGUUUGCGUUGCUGUCACCGAGAAGCAAGAAUGUAUGUGAUUAAUACUCUAUAAAAGAAGGGACGAGAGAUUUUGAAAGGGACAUUUGAAGUUUAAUUUUUAGCUCUUAAGGCUAUAGAGACUGUAGAUUCAAGCUGAGCUCUUGUACGUAUGAUUCCUGUGUUAAAAUGCCAUGACGUGGUCAGAUCUGAAUGCUCUGAUCAAUCUAUUACAUCGCAUUAUGUAUACAGAUACAGUACUAUACCAUUGAUGGAACUCUUUAUUUAUGUUCACUUUGUUUAGUAUCAGCACUGUGAUUAUAUGUAUUUCAUUGAAUUUACUUCACUUCUUUUUACAUGAUCAGUGUGUCUGGUAAAUAAACAAUACUGUCUUAUUAUUA